AUGUCCCCAGGCCGCUGCCGCUUCGCUCUGGGCAUGCAGGACGGGACCAUCCCCGACUUCCGCCUCUCGGCCUCCAGCGCCUGGUCCGACUCCACCGCCGCCCGCCACGGCCGGCUGGGCCGCAGCGACGGCGACGGCGCCUGGUGCCCGGCGGGGCCGGUGUUCCCGGCCGAGCAGGAGUUCCUGGAGGUGGACCUGGGCCGGCUGCACGUGGUGACGCUGGUGGGGACGCAGGGACGCCACGCGGGGGGACACGGCCGCGAGUUUGCCCGGCAGUACCGGCUGCGCUACAGCCGCGACCGGCGCCGCUGGCUGCGCUGGAGGGACCGCUGGGGACACGAGGUGAUCGGUGGCAACGAGGACCCCGAGGGCGUGGUGCUCAAGGACCUGUCCCCGGCGCCGGUGGCCCGGGCGCUGCGCGUGUACCCGCGGGCGCCGCGCGCCAUGAGCGUCUGCCUGCGCCUGGAGCUCUACGGCUGCCCCUGGGAGGCUGGGCUCUUGUCCUACACGGCCCCGCGGGGUCACGUCAUGGCCCUGGACCCCGCCCCCAUCGUCCUCAACGACUCCACCUACGACGGUUUCAGCGCCGGCCCGUUGCACUUCGGGGGGCUGGGCCAGCUCUCGGACGGGGUCCUGGGCCUCGAUGACUUCUUGAGGACCCAUGAGCGCCACCUGUGGCCGGGCUACGACUACGUGGGGUGGCCGCGGCCGCCGGGGCCCCAGCCCCACGUGGAGCUGGAGUUCGAGUUCCAGGAGCUCCGUGCCUUCCAUGCCAUGCAGGUCCACUGCAACAACCUCCACACGCGCGGGGUCGGAAUCUUCCGGGCCGUCGAGUGCCGCUUCAAGAAGAUCUUGGCCACGGCCUGGGAGCCCAUGGUGGCCACCCAUAGCCUGGCCGGGGCCACCAAGGACGCCAGUGCCCGCUGGGUCGCCGUGCCCUUGGGCGGGCGCCAUGCCCGCUUCAUCCAGUGCCGCUUCUUCUUCGGCGCCGAGUGGAUGCUCUUCAGUGAGGUGUCCUUCGUCUCAGAGGUGCUGGACGACCCCGGGGGUGCCAGCGGGUGCCCCCCGACCCCCGACCCCUCUGCCGCCAUCUUGGAAAACGCCCGUGACGGGGGCGGGGCCACCAACGUGACCUCCCCGGUGGCCCCCGGGGAGGCCGAACUGGUCCCGCCGGUGGCCCAGGGUGAGGCGGGGCAGUCGCCAGCGCUGCUGGGCUGCCUGGGCGCCAUCAUCCUCCUCCUGCUCGCCAUAAUCAUCCUCAUCCUGCGACGACGCCGCAGCGCGGCCGGGCCGCUGGGCAAGGUCACNCGCUUCAAGAAGAUCUUGGCCACGGCCUGGGAGCCCAUGGUGGCCACCCAUAGCCUGGCCGGGGCCACCAAGGACGCCAGUGCCCGCUGGGUCGCUGUGCCCUUGGGCGGGCGCCACGCCCGCUUCAUCCAGUGUCGCUUCUUCUUCGGCGCCGAGUGGAUGCUCUUCAGUGAGGUGUCCUUCGUCUCAGAGGUGCUGGACGACCCCGGGGGUGCCAGCGGGUGCCCCCCGACCCCCGACCCCUCCACCGCCAUCUUGGAAAAUGCCCGUGACGGGGGCGGGGCCACCAAUGGCUGCGGGCCGGAGGCGGCGCUGCGGGUGCAGCUCUCGGGGGACACCGUGGUCAUCAACAACGCCACGGGAGGGGGAGGGGCGCGGGGGGGACCCCGCUACGAGCGGAUCGGAACCGGAACCGGGAACGGAACCGGGAACGGAACCGGAACCGGGGAGUACCAGGAACCCACCCGGGCACGGCCCCGACCGCCCCCGCUGCCGCCCGGGGCUGCCAACCCGGCCUAUCGGCUGCUUCUGGCCACCUACGCCCGACCAAUAGGAGGCCUUGCCCUGGCCCCGCCCGCCACUGCCAAGCCAAUCAACACCGACGGUGAGCCGGGGGCGGGGGCCUACGCCGAGGCUGACGUCACCGGAGGCUCCGCCUACGCCCUGGCUGGCCCCGCCCACAGCCCCGCCCACGGCCCCGCCCUCCCGUCCUUCCCCCGGCACCGCCUCCGCUUCCGGGAGAAGCUGGGGGAGGGGCAGUUCGGAGAGGUGCUGCUGUGUGCGCUGAGGCGGGCGCCGGGCGGGCCCAGGCGGGAUUUCCUGCAGGAGGCGCGGACGCUGGGCCGGCUGCGGGACCCCAACAUCGUGCGGCUGCUGGGGGUGUGCGGCGGCCCCGGGCCCCUGUGCAUCGUCACCGAGUACAUGGAGCACGGAGACCUGCACCGCUUCCUGGGCGGGGCCCGCGGCCACGCCCUCAGGUGGGACACGCCCACGCACCCCCACCCCGGCCACGCCCACCGGGGACACGCCCACGCAGACCUGGCCACGCUGGUGGAUGUGGGCGCCCAGAUCGCCUCCGGGAUGCGUUUCCUGGCCGCGCGGAACUUCGUGCACCGGGACCUGGCCACGCGGAACUGCCUGGUGGGAGAGGGGCUGCGCGUGAAGGUGGCGGAUUUCGGGAUGAGCCGGAACCUGUACGGCACCGGCUACGGGCGCGUGCGCGGCCGCGCGCUGCUGCCCAUCCGCUGGAUGGCCUGGGAGAGCAUCCUCUGGGGCAGGUUCAGCCCGGCCAGCGACGCCUGGGCCUUCGGGGUGACGCUCUGGGAGGUGCUGACGCGCUGCCGGGAGCAGCCCUACGGCGCCCUGAGCGACGAGCAGGUGAUCGCCAACGCCGGCCACCACUUCCACAACCGCGGCCAGCAGCAGUACCUGCCCUGUCCCCCCGGCUGCCCCCCGGCCCUGCACCGGCUGAUGUUGAGCUGCUGGGCCCGCGAGGCGGCCGAGCGGCCGGACUUCGGCCACCUGCACCGCGCCCUGAGUGACCACUGCGCCCUGAUCUUUCUUUGA